AUGGGAGACCCCUUAGGAGCAGUCGGCUCUAUUGUGGGCAUUGCAGCUUUUGGCCUUCAAAUCGCAACAAUGCUGCAGAUGUAUAUCGAAGCUGUGUUCGAAGCGCAAGAAAGCUUAAAGGACAUAGCCUUGGAUGUCAGCGCAACAGCUUCUGCCCUGGAACAGCUCGAUGAAUUCAUUAAACCUGAUCAGAAUAAUAAAGCAAUUGCGAGUAAAUCAGGAGUGGAACAGGUAAAGCGACUGGCAUCGCAGUGCGAGCAAGUUUACGGCGCUAUCAUCCAUCUUAUUGCCAAGGCCGUCGGCGUGCCAAAGGACAACAGCGGUAAAGUGACCCACGAUGCAUUGAACUUGCAUAGUUUAAACGCCCCGAGUCGGAUACAAAAGCUCAUAUGGCCCUUCCGGGAAUCUCGUAUCAAGAGGCACCAGGAAGACCUAAGAUGGCUAAAGAUCAGCCUGCUUUUUCACCUGAGGCUCAUGGAGCUUGCAAAGACAAAAAUGACGGCUCCAGCUAGAUCUCCCGACGCUUAUGAGAAAGAGGUAGCUUUACAAGCUGCUCUGGAAAAGCUCUUGUCUGAAAGGGAAGCGUAUGCCAAAUUGAUAGCCGCCCAAAGGAGAGGAAGUAAGAAGGGCAAGACCAGAAGGAGAUCCCUGGUUGAAUCUACUUCCUCGAUUGAUUUACAUAGGAGAACGAGCUCUAAGAGCGAGCAGCACUUUGUCAAAGUCCCUGAACCCAGUCAUGCAGGGCCAUCGUCCCGGGCGAGGGAUGGGAUGGGAAUAAAAAGUACAUCAGCAGCAGCAGCAACAUCUAGUAAAGCUACCGACGAUAAGCCAGAGUUCGUGUCACCAGAACGUCUUCCAGAGCCGCCUCAAGUUACGUCUAGAUCUCCUAACAACCCAGUGUCACCUCCUAUAACCGACGAUACGCCUAAUAAAAGAGCCGAGUUUCAUGGUAGUUUAUUAAUCGAGGGCAAUAACAAUCUAGAUAAUGAUAUUGGCCACCCAAAGCGAACCGAACCAUUUCGGCAACUCGUAGUUCAGGAUACGCUUGACGCAAACCCUGCAGCUCCCCAGACGCAAACCAAUACCCAAACAAAUGCCCGAAGUUCGCCAAAGAGCCUGGAUCUCGAGGCAUACCUCGUCGAGAACGACUUCCGCACAUUCCGCAAGAUCCCUUUCGGCCACGAGGAGCUAGCGGAUGAGCUGAGCCGGCUCACCAAGUCGACAGGGGGCGGCGUGUGGACCCAAUACGCGUCGCUUAAUCCCGCCCAGCGGGAGAGCGUAGACCGAGUGGCGGCGGAAGCGAACCGUUCAAGUCACCGCUCGAGGACCUGCGUGGCGAUAAGCCGGCAGCCCCAGGGGAGAGAGUCUUGCAUCGUCGCGUUUUUCUCCCUCGGGCCUCCCGUCCAACCUGUCCACGUCAAGUACGGCGAACAAUAUUUCCAGUUCGCGUUCGAGCUGUGCCGGAAGUGGGAGGACAUGGGCGACCUUCUCGAGGAGACCGUGCCCGAUAUGAGGGGACGUAAUCAUCGCUGCCGAAGCGAUUUGUACCAUCUUAAAGGCCUCGAUAACCACGUCAUCCCCCGUGCGAUGUGGAGCGCUACCGUCUGUCCCGGCCUCGUCGUGUUCCUAGUCAUUUACUUGCCUUCGUCUAUGCCAACGUCACCGAAACCGCAAUUCCCCUUAUCUCUGCGCGACGCACGGGAGGAUAGCCCGUCCGUAGACUAUCGAAGCGGGGUCGCAUCUCCGCGGGCUAUCAGGGUGAUAGGAGUCGAUAUAAGUGCAAUAAUAGACUUAGAGGACCAGAUGACAAUUCCACCCGCUGCAGAAUCGGUCGAGGGCUCGUCAUGUACGCCACGAUCUAUAAGUUCGGACAUGAGGCUAAGAAGGGAAAGAGAAUCUUUUUCUCGAUGGGCCAGACAAAUCGGGGUUGGGUAUGACUCCUGGCCAGGUAACGAAAGGAACGGGGAAGAAGAUAGCGAAGAAGACGAUAUCAUUGACUUCGAAGAAGAGCAAAUGCAUGGAGGGCUCGGACUAGGCGCCCAACUAGGCAUGUGGACUAACGUGUUCUCAUCGGCGGAGAACAACGAGAAUGAUGAGAGCGGAUCCUAACGUAUACCUACCUCAUGCCUACCUAAGGUACCUCGCAACCUCACUCUCUUAAUAGGCGGCACAAUUAUUUUUAUAAGA